AGCCUCUUGCCCCUCCUUUGCUAGGCGCGCGACUGCGUCUGUAGAUAAUUUUAUUGGACAUGGCGUUGGCCGAUCAACUCUCGAACGCACUGUCGGCGACGCAGCUGGACGGCAACCCCGGAGAACUCAUCGGUGGCCUCCCACCUCCAGUGCUCGCGCUGUGCUGUCAAUUCGCCGGCGACAGCGGUUCGCUGGUCAAGCGAAUGGCGUGCUGCCACCGCGCGGCCGCCGAGGCGCGGUCGGAGGUCUGGGCGGCGUUGUUCACCGUCGGCACGCGCGUCGUGCUCCACGGUCUGAAAGCGGACUUGCUGAACCUGCGCCACGGCACCGUUGUGAAGAGCAAAACCGCCGAAGACCGCGUCGGCGUGCGUUUGGACGGCGAACUGAAGCCCAAGAGCGUGCGACGAGUCAACGUGCGCCUGGAGCGCGGCCCGUAUGAGACGAGCGAGCCGGACGAAGUGCACGAGGGCUUCUGGUGCGAUUCGUGCUCCACCAUGAGCGCUCGCGAGCACCUGAUGCAACAUCAUAUGGUCUCAAUGCAAACUGGAGGAAAAGGAUUCACGGGUACCUUGCUCGUCGGCCUGCGCUAUCAGUGCACCCGUUGUCCCGAAAACCCUGGAUACGACCUCUGCGAGAAGUGCUUUCGCGCGGGCGUGAAACACUCGUGCCGCCAGCACUGUCUCUCGCUGAACCCGCUUCGGGAUAACCCGGCUCUGGCGCGGUAUCCCGAAGACGACCCGUCCGUGUUCGACCCCGCCCGGUUCAAACUAGUUCGGGAUUCCACCGCGACGGACUUUGCUCGGUGGAUGGAGACUGGUACCUCAGGAAUGCAUGAAGGAAUUAAGGUGCCGGCCUCGGCGGAGGAGUUCUGCUGGCGGACCGAGAAGUGGGAAUUGAAUGGGCCGCGGACGCAGGCCGUCGUAAUUGCAUCUUUAAGGCGCGAUGGCCGCACGCCGGCAGCCUGGCGAAGCUGAGUGAGCGUCGCUUCCGGGAGGCGCCUAUAGUUCCCAUUGAAGAUCUCCGGGCAUUGCCGCGGGACGAGCGCGGCGAAGUUACAUUUGAAGAUCAUGAGCGAAUGAUCGAAAAUAUACGACGCCGCAACGAGGCCGAGGGCCGGGACCCCCGGGGUUGGUGAACUUGGUAAGUAUGAC